ACUGUUGACUUUUCCCCCCCUUUUUUUUUUUUUGGUGUGCGCCCGGAACGCAGAGCCGAGCAGAGGACACGGCGAGUGAAGCCGCAUGCGGGGUCCGAGACGGGGGGAAACUAUGGGGAAAUAUUUCUUUUGCCUGGUUUUUGUCCUCUGUCUAAGUGCCACGGUCCAGAAAAAAGGCAAAAAGAAAUUCAGACCGCCUAAGAACGCCUCCGAGGUUGUGGUGCCCAGAACCUUCAAAGGCCACCUGGUGGCACAAAGCCGGGUCUCUCUGAACCGGACCCCAGCUCCCGGUUCGCCGCUCCCCCCUCCGAAGCUACGGUUGCUGAGCAACAGCACAGCGGGGUACCUGGACGGCGCCCUAAGCACCGAGGUCAUCCCCAUGGUCUACAUGCUGGUCAUCGUGGUGGGCGUGCCCGCCAACGUCGCCAUCCUGAGCACGCUGGCCGCCAAAGUCCGCAAGGUGUCCUCGGCCAUCCUCUACAGCAGCCUGGCCGUCUCCGACCUCCUCCUCCUCAUCUCGCUCUUCUUCAAGGCCCACUACCAUCUCCACGGCAACCACUGGGUGCUGGGGGAGGCGGCCUGCCGGGUGGUGACGGCCUGUUUCUACGGCAACCUCUACUGCUCGGCGCACACGCUGGCCUGCAUCAGCAUCCAGCGCUACCUGGCCGUGGCGCACCCCUUCGUGUACAAGCGUCUGCCCAAAAAGUGCUACGCCGCCUGGACCACCUUGACCGUGUGGACGGUCUUCGGCGCCGCCGUCCUGCCGGAGCUGCUGGUGCAGCAGAGCUUUUGGAUCCCGGAGCUGGGCCGGACCACCUGCCACGACGUGCUGCCCCUGGACCUGGGCUCCCACGUCUUCCUGCUCUACUACAACCUCUUCCUCACCUUGGUGGGUCUCCUGGGACCGCUCGGGGUGACGGUUCUGUGCUACGGCCGCAUCAUGUGCGAGCUGCGGCGCUCGCACCUGGACUGGGCCGCCUACAUGAAGGCCAGCUCGCUGGUCUUCGCCAUCUUCCUGGCGUGCUUCACCCCCGCCGGGGUGGUGCAUUUCCUCCACUACGUGCAGCUGUUUGUGGACGGGACCGAGGGCUCGUACGCCGUCUUCAACGUGGCCGUGUGCCUGUGCUGCGUGCACGCCUGCCUGGACCCCUUCCUCUUCCUGCUCAUGUCCAGAUCCGCAGGAUCCAGGUUGUACUUCGACGCGUCCAAGCCCACAAGCUUGAGCGUGUCCUUUUGACUCAACUGGAGGGCGAGUGGGUAUCCUGCCAACUUCCUGGGCACGACAUUAAAGUGCAUCCGGCUAUAAAAGCUCCUCUAUGGGGUCUUGGGGCACCUGAAAAUUUGCGCACUUCCGCCAUUGUAGUCCGUGGUGACACUGUAGUUGAUAAGCUUCUUCUUUUUCUCUAUCUUCUUGUUAUGGGGCAUUUGUAAUAUAAAAUAGUGUAAAGUUCUUACUCUUAUCUGCCUGUAGACUCGCUGUGAAAGCACUAAAACAUACCAGUGUAGUGAGUUUACAUUAUUCACUCAAGGAACUUUAGUUAUUAGAGAGUUCCGGUGGGACGCUUUUUCACGGGACACAUUUUUGGCGUUGUUGUUGCACUAGUGAGCCACGGAUAAGGAGACGCCGCUCCUUUAUUGAUUGAAGUAAAGUCCGAAUGUCAUUAAAACAGUUAGAUCCGUCUAUUGACACUUCUUCCACUCCCGUCCUUGCACGCUACACCGCGACGGGGAGAAGACGCGGUCGACGGUGAGCCACGUAAAUAAGACCGCCCAAAAAAAGGCGCAUCCUGAAGGGACUGUCAGAAAGUUGAUAAUAGAUUUUAACAAUAGAUUGCACUUUACAUUGAGCAAACAACCUCAAUGUAUUACUGUGCAUUAAAAUAAAUAAAUAAUAAUAUAACAAUAAAAACUAGAACCGCCUAAUAGCUACAACUAGCACACAUAUCUAAAAAAAGUUUUUAUUUUGUUUGUUUUUUUAAAAGAAGGGUUUUUAAGCCUUUUUUAAAAGCAUCCGCAGUCUGUGGUGCCCUCAGGUGGUCAGGGAGAGCGUUCCACAGACUGGGAGCGGCGGAGCAAAAAGUCCAGUCUCCCAUUUUUUUGAAGCUUUGAUCUAUGAAAUGUCAUCCAUGCAAAAUUUUGAGCAAAGAACCACCAUCACAUGUUAUGUAAACCACAAGGAAGUAUUUUACAUUUAGAAAAACAAUCAUAACGAUAUGACUCCUUUAAUGCGCCUUAUGUAGGAAAAUAGAUCUCAAUAAACCCACUUAUAAUCCGGUGCGCCCUAUAGUCCAGAAAAUACGGUAAUCCAGGGUUGUCCGGACUUUUCCCACUGAAAGCCGCACACUUGAAAUGUUUUGAGAAUGUUUUAAUAAAAAAAAAAAAAAAAAAAAUACAAUAUAUAUAGAUUUAUUUUUUCAACCCUUUGGGUUUUCCUCAAGUUUGGACCUGGGGCGAUGGAAGGGGGCUCGGUAAUAAAAAAAUAUUUUUUUUAAACGCUUAAAUUGUAGAUGAACUUCAGAUUUAUCUGUUGAUAUAAAGUUUUCAUUAUUUUUAUGCAACAUUCCCCACCCCAAACAUUUUUUCAAGUGUAAUAUUUGAUGCAAAGUAAUUGGAGCCUUGUUAAUGAGCCAACAUUGAUUUUGACACAUUGUUUUAGUUUUGGCACUGCGACGCCUUCCGCCUGAAGGGACAAGCGGUAGAAAAUGGAUGGAUGGCUGUUUUAGUUUUGAAAAAUUUUGUUAAAAAAAAAAAAAAAAUCGUGCUAAAAUUCUCAGGGAUCCAAAAAGGCAAGUGUAAAAAUGUUAAAAAAAAUACGUCAUGCAUUUUUAUUUUCUUACUUUCAAUGCUUAAAUCUGUAAAUCAAGGUCAGAUCUACCCAUGGAUAAUAUGUUUUUAUUUGACGUUACGGAAAACUUAGCUUUUUAUGGCAAAAUUUUUCCCCGAAUUUUUUUUUCAAAGUGGAAUAUUUUAUCGGGAAGUAACUGGAGCCUUGAACAAGUCAAUUCAGAGGAGCAUUUUUGAUUCAUUAUUAUUUUUUCAACAGCCUUCAUGCCAGCUUUGUGGUAUUAGAGUCAACAUUGCAACUUUUUCUCCUGUUGGCUCUUUUAUUCCACUUUUUUACGCUUAUUUUUGUGAUAGUACUUUUACAAUGUGCAGCGGCCAUUAAAAAAAUAAGCUGCAAGACACCUGAUUAAAUGCAUACGUUUUUUUUUUGGUACAAAAACCGGCCUGUCUAGCAGGUUUUUAGUUGAUCAAACUUUCAGCAGCAUGUUUGGCUGACCCGAGCUUUAUUUCAAACAUUGUAGCAAAGCAUACUUAUUUUGUCAUUUACAAAGCUGUGCUAAAAUGAAUACAGUGAGUCUACAGUUUUGCCUGCGAUAUUAGGCCAAACUAACACAAAAAGUUGCUUUAAAAAGUGUUUACUUUUUGUUUUUGUAUGCUGUGCACUGAUACAACUAAUAAAUGAAAGUCUUAACAUGUUCAUGAUCAAUUAACAUGUGUCUGCUGGCUUCAGAUGCUUUAUGUUGUCAUUCAAUGUUUAUUAUUUGAAUAAAGUCUGAAUAAUUGUCUGUAA